UUAAUAUAACAAUAGAAUUGUAACAGGUUUUAUGAACCCGAGUGUAUUUAAAUACGGUGGACUCGAAUUGAAAUUAUCGAUAAGGGCGUUGACCAUUCGCAUGUACACACGUAGUUUUUGUUAGUUUAACCUGUAUUGCCGUAGACUUACGUUGACAAUGUCCGAUAUGGAGGAGGAAAUCUUGGAUUUACCGAGUGAGCAAGGUACGUCUACUAGAAAUUCGCAUGAAAUGUCUAUUCUGAAUGAGGCUCUUAACACGCUAAAGAAAAGAAACAAGCUCAUAAGAAUUGCUGACAAGUCGGAAGGAGGGUGGAAGACCGUACAAGAAUAUUUGUCCGAUGAUUUAGCCAGUGACACCGAGGAUGAAAAGAAGAUAAGGGCAGCUGAUACCCGGGCAGUGAAAAAGUUAAAGUCCGUUAAAUCUGCAGACAAGAAGCAGAACGUUCGAAAAAGACCAGCUGAAGCAUCCGGUUCUACAUCGCAGACAGCGCAUAACGCAAUUCCAGUUUCUGUCAGCAUGCCGCCCUUUCGCGGGAGCAGACCCGGUUACGGAAACCAGGUCAAAAGGUCCAGGGAAGGAGAUAUGUGUUUCAGGUGUGGAUUAUUUGGACAUUGGGCAUCCGAUUGCAAAAAAGACACCAAGACUGGAUUUGGAGCUCCCAGAGGAAAUACAUAAGGAUUUCAGCGCUCAUACGGACACUUUACAGAUUUUACUGACUGGAGGUUCUCUAUUCAGAGAUGUUGGCUUACAGAAGCUGAUUGAUGUAGAUAUUGUGUCACUUGACGAUAUUUUUGGGACCACAUGGUCUGUAGAUACCACUGGGUAUAGUUAUGGUCACUGGACCUGUUUUUUCUGUUUGUUGUAAGCUGAGCAGUUACGCAUUU